AUGCCUCCCAAAGCCGUCCGUCGAGGCGCAGCAGCGGCAGGAGGAGCCGCAUCGCGACAAACCACCGGCGAAGCCGCAUCGAACACUCCUACUGGAUCCGCCUCAUCCACACCCCAGCCGUCCACGGCCUCAGGCACAGCUGCUGCACCCUCCACACGAGCACCCGUGCAGCGCCUCCAGUCGCUGAAGAAGCGCACACCCUCCGGUAGUAUCGGACCCGCCGCGAGACCUCCCGCCGCGGCAGCGCCAGGAAAUGGAGAGCCGGCCAAGCCAACACUGAAAUACAAGCCUCGCGCCGUGGGGCGGCGCAGCAAAGAAGAGCGAGACGCGAUCGAGAAGCUCGAGGCGGAGCGGAAUCGGGAGCGAUUGGCUGAGGUGGCGGCCAUACGACGAGGGCGGCGAAAUGCACAGCGAGGCAGGGGAGAUCCCGGGCGAGGACGCGGGGGGCCUGGGGGUCCGCUUGGAGGUGGGCGACGAGGCCGUGGUGGGCGGUUCGAACCGGAUUCGCGAGCGUCGUCUAUGUCGCGGAGUCGAUCGGUUAUCGAUAUGGGUAGUGGUGCGGUUAGUCGCCAUGUAUCCUCGGAUGAAAGUGAUACGGAGACUAUACUUCCCAUUGACCAGAUCGAGCUCGAUAGCGAUGAGGACUUGGAUGAUGUUGCGGAUAGUAAGAAGGGAAAGGUUCCCUUGCGGUAUGCGGACCGGGAGAAGGGCCUUCGCCCUGUUCGUGUUGAGCGCCAUGAGCACGAGGAACGUGUGGUCAGUGUCAACAUGGAGUCCAGCACGAGUAAACCGGCCGAAGCUGGAGCCCAGGAUGAGGAUGAGGAGGAGGAAGUUCUGGUGCAGGUGACAAGGCCCAAACCUGCCGAAGACGAUUCACUCUUCGUGCGGGAUGACGAUGAGACUGAGCCUCGGGUGAAAGAGGAACCUGUGGAUGAUGAAGACCAGACAAUGACUGAUGCUGUCCCCCAUGUCGAUGAGGCCGCAACGAAUGACGAUGGCUUUCUUCCAGCGCAGAAGGUCAAAGUCCGCAGACGACUAAGUCCCAAGACUCCCGAGCCCGAGCCCGAGCCGGAACCCGCACGCGCACCCGUACCUCCAUCCAAACCUGCCGUGGCAAAAGACCCUAGAAGCUUGCUGCGUACAAAGGAAGACAUUGAGGAAUAUGAGAGACAUGCCAAGGACCUCGAGGCCAUACUGGAACUCCUUUCCGUCGAGCCCAAAGAGUCCCGGCCAGAGCGAUCGGAGCCCCCGGCUGAAGCGGCGGAGGGCUCAACAGAAGCACCCGAAACGGCAGUGAGUGACAAAGAGAAGGAAGAGAAAACAGAGGAUGCCGAAGAGGACGAGGUCAAAGAUAAACUGGCGGGCCAACUGUUCCUCAUGCAGUUCCCUCCCAUGACACCCAACCUCAUAGUCCCGGGCACCGGUCGUGGUAGCACGGAGGAUGCAGCUACAGAAGACACGCAUGCUAUCCCUGGUGGCACACGAUCAGGUGAAGCCGCCGUCAAGCUGGAGAACGGCGAAGUGGAGAUUCUGGACGGAGCGGACGGGACCGCAAGCAAAGAGCCAUCGAAGAUCCUCACCGCGGCGGACUGGCAGCUGAGCGCCGGACGGGUCGGGAAGCUGAACGUUCACAAGUCGGGCCGAGUCACAAUGGACUGGGGCGGUAUCAGCUUCGAGCUCGACCGGGCUACAUCGGUCGACUUCCUCCAGGAGGCCCUGAUCGUCUCGGCGCCGGAAGAGGGCAUCCCAGAGGAAGAGAACAGGGUAUGGGCUAUGGGGCAGCUCAGUGGCAAGUUCACUGUCACGCCUGACUGGGAGAAGAUGCUUUAA